AUGUGUCGCCUCCGUAAAUCUGUCGUCGCGCCGUGUCGUUACGCUUCCAGGCCGCAACAUGUGAUGAUGUCGCCUCCGUCAAUUCGAGCCGCCUGCACCAUCCGUCCAAAAGCUACCGAUUUUCGCCGCUCACGAGCACAGUCGGUGACGCUGGAAGGACGACAGGUCGGUGAUGCUGGGAGGACGUCAGAUGAAAUAUUGCUGGUCGGCAAUGCGAAACAAUGCAGCCACAGCCUCUUUGGUAAAGUGGUGGGGGAGAAGAAAGACAACUGGCUGGGGGUUAAGCGCAUGAUGGGACUGCUAUGGCGUAUGGGUACUUCACUAGAAGUUCGUGAGCUCAAUACUAACUAUUUCCAAUUCCUAUUUCCAAAUAGAGAAGCUAUGUUGAGGGUGGAUCGUGGAAGAAGCUCGGUAUUUGAAAAUCAAUACCUUUUGCUCCAACCAUGGCAACAAGGAUUAUCAGAGCAGUAUCCCAGUUUCGGAGAGAUCACACUUUGGGUUCAAGCCCAUGGCAUUCCGAUUAACUUGCUAAGCAUCGAUGUCGGCACGAAAUUGGGCAGAGCAUUCAAGGAUAUCAAAAAUGUUAACUUGGCGAGGGCUGGGCUUCAAGGUGGGAGGAUUAUUAGACUUCAUAUUACACUGGAUGCUAAUGAGCCUCUCCCUAGAUGGUCCACGAUUCGGCUGGGUGAACAAAAACUGAUUGUCCAAUUCAAAUACGAGAAAUUUGUAAGUCUCUGCUUUUACUGUGGGAGAUUGGUGUUCCCAGAUGAAGGAGGAUAUUGCCAAAAAAGAACCAAAGGUGGGACAGUACGGUGA